AUGAAAAUAAACAUCAAACCUAGGCCAGCGCCCUGUUGCAUUCCUUCCCCACCCACAAGUGGAACGCGCAUAUACUUUAAAUUUAAAAACGAACCUCAUUUUCUUUCUUUGUUUCUUUCUUUGUUUCUUUCUUUCUUUUUUCUUUCUUUCUUUUUUCUUUCUUUUUUCUUUCUUUCUUUUUUCUUUCUUUCUUUUUUCUUUCUUUUUUCUUUCUUUCUUUCUAUGCCAGUUUCUAUUUUAAUAUUUUUGUCGGUUUUCAUUUCUUUCUUUCUUUCUUUCUUUCUUUUUUCUUUCUUUCUUUUUUUUCUUUCUUUCUUUCUUUCUUUCUUUCUUUCUUUCUUUCUUUCUUUCUUUCUUUCCAUGCCAUUUUCUCUUUUAAUAUUUCUGUCGGCUUUCAUUUCUUUCUUUCUUUCUUUCUUUCUUUCUUUCUUUCUAUCUAUCACUCUCUUCUUUCUUUCUCUCUCUCUCUCUUACUGUUAUCAAUUAUUCCUUUCUUUCUUUCUUUUUUCUUUCUUUCUUUCUUUCUUUCUUUCUUUCUUAACCGACUAUUGCAUGUUUCUUUAUUUGCUUCUUUCUUUCUUACUUCCUUUUUCUCUCUCUUUUACCACUACCAUAACUUUCUUUCUUACUCGAAUAUCGCUCGUUCUUUCUUUCUUUCUUUCUUUCUUUCUUUCUUUCUUUCUUUCUUUCUGUUUCCCGGCAAUCGCAUGUGUUUUUCUUUCUUCCUUUCUCUAUCUUUCUUUUACUACAAUCACUUCUUUCUUUCUUUCUUUCUUUCUUUCUUUCUUUCUUUCUUUCGUCCUAUCUUUAUAUCUUUCUUUCUUUCGCCCAGACUUUCUUUUUAUCCUUUUUUAA